AUGACGGCAUUGGGUCCCCAGAAUUUCCAGUGCGAAUACCGCAUUGGUCCCAGAAUCCAGUGCCUGAAUGACGGCAUUGGGUCCCCAGAAUUUCCAGUGCUGAAUGACGGCAUUGGUCCCAGAAUUUCAGUGCUGAAUGACCGCAUUGGUCCCAGAAUUCCAGUGCUGAAUGACCGCAUUGGUCCCAGAAUUCCAGUGCUGAAUGACCGCAUUGGUCCCAGAAUUCCAGUGCUGAAUGACCGCAUUGGUCCCAGAAUUCCAGUGCUGAGGUUGACCGCCAAUUGGGUUCCCAGAAUUUCCGUGCUGAAAUUGACCCGCAUUGGUCCCAGAAUUCCCCAGUGGCUGAAUGACGGCAUUGGUCCCAGAAUUCCAGUGCUGAAUGACGGCAUUGGUCCCAGAAUUUCAGUGCUGAAUGACGGCAUUGGUCCCAGAAUUCCAGUGCUGAAUGACGGCAUUGGUCCCAGAAUUCCAGUGCUGAAUGACGGCAUUGGUCCCAGAAUUCCAGUGCUGAAUGACGGCAUUGGUCCCAGAAUUUCAGUGCUGAAUGACCGCAUUGGUCCCAGAAUUCCAGCGCUGAAUGACCGCAUAGGUUCUUUCAGUGCUGAAUGA